AUGCCUGAAGCACGUCUCGUCGGAGAAGUGCAAUCCAACUACUUGUGCUUCAACGACGACUUACAUUGCAUCAUCACAACAGACCUCGACGUCUUCCAGAACCAGAAGUACAGGUGCAUGCAAGACAUUUUCGCUGUGUUGUUCAUCGAGCCAGGAGAGGGUGGCGAGCGAGAGCCGGUAGCCAAGAUCGUUUCCUGCGAUGUGCGAAAGACGCUGCGAUAUGCUGGCACCUCACAACAAAUCUGGCGCAAUGAGCUGGUGGGAAUCCCGCACAACUACACAGGAACUUUCGAUCAGCAUACCGACGGCAGCGACCCCAUCGACGACAAGAAGAAGCCAUUCGUCUUGCUGUACACUCGAGAUGGGAUUCCGAAGGCGAGUCUCGGAGAGGAUGCUCGAGCGGCUCUUGCUCAGAAAUGUGUACAUUAUAUCCUUGAGAUUGUGAUUGAGGAGGAUUUCCGGAGAAAGGGUCUGCUGCCCCACAUAAUCUUCGCAUACCAGAAGGCACUGCGCGAGCUUCCUGGCAGACUCGUUCCAAAAGAAGCUGCCAUGAUCCUCUCACCAGCGCCCAUGGCGAAUGUCAGCGAUGACAUGGAAGGUAAUGGCUAUCAUGUGAAGCCAUAUAGAGAUGUCGUCUGGAGGCUCGCUGAAAAUUACCGAUGGGGGGGCUUUGAGACCUGGAAGCCAUUCCCGGUCGGCGUCCGAAGCGGCCUGAUGCUGAUGGGCAAGCGCAUCUCUGAUAAGCUCCGGGACACUGCGGAAGAUAUGGCAUUGGAUGAGGAGGAUGAGGAAGAGGAUGACGAUCAAGAUGAGUCGAUAGAAGGCUAUGAGGUCUCCCGUCGCCACCCCAGAUCUGAGGUUGAGGUGCUGCUAGCAGAAGGUCCCAAUCGUCCCAGAACCGUAGAUGGGAUGUACUGGUGGUACGACGGCAGAAGAUGGAUGAUCACGCCCGAAAGCCGUGCGGAGGACGUUGAAGAAGGCAACAUGCAGCAGCAGAUGUGGCAAGAGAUGCUGGACUCUGAGAAGACCGGACAGCAUCCUCACGCCAAGAUCAUCGGCGCGGACGACGAUCCCAAUAUGAAGUGGGACAUCGAUGGCAUUCUCGGCGAAAGAGAUCACCAUGGCCAGACUCUGUAUUUGGUGGAAUGGUGCGACAUCCUGCACAACGGCCAGAGAUAUCACCUGCCGCCUACCUGGGAGCCUGCGAGCAUGCUCAGGCGUCGGAUGAUUCAGGAGUGGCAUGGCAUCGAGGCAGAGCAAACGGGGAUGCUGAGGAGGAAUAGGCGGUGGUACAGAAGAUGA